CCGUUGCAGAAACGACAGAGAACCGUGGAGGAUUUCAACCAGUUCUGCACCUUUGUUUUGGCCUAUGCAGGCUACAUCCCCUACCCUGAAGAGAAUGAGCCCUGGACCCGUAGAGGCAGCAUGAGUCCCCAGAACAGCACAGGGAGCACUCAGGACAGUGAUAGCUGGGUCUCGUCCCAUUCCUCCGACUGCCAUGUCCUGAUGGAUGAUGGGAGGAGCAGGAACUCCAUGGCCAGGGGGGCUGUGGACAACAGCCUGCUCGUGAGCUGCCCAGCCUUUCCCACCAGCUUCUAUGAUGUCCAGCCCCAGCAAACCAAACGUAAGAAACCACCAGCAAAGAAACUCAUUUUGGAGCCAGAGGUGAAGAAGGUGCUGCUGAGCACUGGGAAGGGCUUUGGCACAGAGCAGGAUGGGGUGAAGGAGCUGGCUGCAGCAGAAGGACAGAUGAUUCCCAUGAAAGAGCAGCUCCUGGAGCCUUCCCUCAACGCAGCUGGGGACCCCCAGCCCAACUCCCUCCUGGAGGAGUUGGUGAAGGAGGAGAAGCACUGGAUGCAUAGAGAGCAGGACGACGAUGCCUGGGAUCUGAUCACCUGCUUCUGCCUGAAGCCCUUCGCAGGGAGGCCCAUGAUCGAAUGUAAUGAGUGCGCAACCUGGAUCCACCUCUCCUGUGCCAAGAUCCGCAAAUCCAACGUGCCUGAGGUUUUCAUCUGCCAGCGGUGCCGCGAUGCCAAGCAAGAGAUUCGCCGCUCGAACCGAGCUCGGACAGUGCCCCGCAAGCGCUUCUGUGACUGA